AUGGAAGAACAUCGUACUCCGACAAGAUCACUUUAUCGAAAUCUCCUACGUCUCACUUUGGUUCAAAUGCCACAAUCUUCUUACCCUCCCAAUUCUAUCAAAUCAUCAUCGAUCAUCUCUGAAGAAUUGGGAUCAUCUUCCAAAGCAGUAGUAUCUUCAUAUAUGAAGGAAGAAAGUGAAUUAAUGGAAUUACCGGCUUUACGAGAAUAUUUGAAGAAGAUAUGGAGGAAGAAAAGAAGUUUGACUUCGAUUCCACUCACUACAAGGUUUCUAGAAGAACAAUAUGGUAUCUUAGAUGAUUUGAGAUCGUUUCGUCAGGUCACUCAAUCACUUCUUUCUUCUAGUUCUUCAACAGGGAUCUCCAAUGGGUCAACUAAGUCUUUAUCACAACCCUCUGAAACACAUACGGCAUCUUUAGACUCUUUAGAUACUUCGAUGGUGGGUCAUGAAGAUGUAUUGGACGGAUCACAUAUUCCACCACACUAUAUACAAACAUCAAUACCUCGCUCCAAUCCGGAUCUACCAAAUACCAACAACUCUCCUCAUCUCGUAGAAAUUUCUGCAAGACCAAAUGAACCUCAUCCCCCAGAAACAUAUUCAAAACCAAACUACCAUCCCCUCUCAGAAACAUCCACAAAACCAAAUGAUAUCUCCCCACUAGAUUCAAUUGCUCAUUCUAAAAUCCUAUCCCUGGAAAAACAUCUUAACAACCGAAACCAACGUAUCCUCUCUUAUUCUCCCCCAUCGACAUCCUCUCAAAUAAGAUUAAGUGGUUAUCUUCGUCCAACUUCUUUCAACCCACCUAUCCCACGUUUAAAACCUCAACCUAUAAAAAUAACAAUGAUGAUAAAAAGAAGAAUAAUGGUUCGUGAGAGACGAAUCGCUCGUAGAAGGUUAUGGGGUGAAUGGGCUGGUGAUAUAAAGAUGGAAGUUGAUUUUUGGAGGAGAAUGGGUAUUGUCGAGUCUAAGAAAAUUUAUCAUGUGUUUGAUACCAAAGAUGAAAGAGGUCUUGGUGGGAUUAAGGGAAAUUGGACAAUCGAGGAGAAAGAAAGAAAUGAUAGUAUGGAUGCUUUGAAAAGGGAUGAAAAGGAUAUAAAGAGACUGAGUGGAGGUUGGGAUUUAGAAAUGAAUCGGUUCUUAAGUAUGAUGGAUCAACAAUUUGAUAAUGAAGUUAGACGAGCGAAGAUGAUAUUCAAAGAAGGGGUGGUGAGAAGGGUUGAGAAGGCUAGAACAAGGAGGAGGCAACGUCGGAGAGAGAGGAAUUUGAGUGAUGUCGAUGGUUGA